AUGGUUGAAACAAUGACAGAUCAAUAUUAUAAUUCUCCAUAUUAUGAUACAACAUCAAAAGUUUUACGAAAACCUAAAACAACGAUUAUUGUAUAUGAUCAACCAAAAGUUGUUAUCGUACGUCGUUAUACAAGAACUGUUAUUCCAUCUGUUGAUCCUGAUCAAUAUAAAAGACAAUUUAAUCAAGUAUUACUUGAUACACCAACAUUAAUCGAAUGGACUCGACGUCUUAAUAUUGAAGAAAAUAUAAUAACUCCACCAUCAUUUAAAUAA